AACGAUCCGUCCACCGCUUGAUCCCCCAGACCAAGUUGCCAUCUGCCUCACGGGUGUCGGUGUCCCUGCUUUCCUCGUCAGACCAUCCGGAGGACGUCUUCUCCUCCCCUGUCGCCAAAAGAGGCAACAUCCUGGAGGGGCCCUCUCGCAUUGAUGCCGUCUGCGUCACACCCCUGAGCUACGAACCCGCGUCUCCAUACUGCCUCUUAGUCUUAACCCCCCACGACCUUCUUCAUUCCCCUAUUCUCGACCUCCUCAUCCGUUCCCCAGCCCACCUCCCGCAACCCCUUGUUCCCUCUUCGGCAACUCGCUUCACCUGCGGUUGAUUCCUUACCAGGGGGGCCUAUCUGCUUGUCAUUGCCGGGCUACAGUGCUGCUUCGGCUGCUGGGCUACUCUCCACGUCACUACCGGCUUCUUAUUCUCUCUCAUCCCUCAGCCCCCUCGGUCCUUCUUAAUACUUGAUAUAAUCUCACCCAUUCCCACUCUUGCACGACCAACACAAUCCACGCACCCUCAAUUCUCUAAUCCAACUUCUUCACUUCGAACUAGGCCCUACCCGGUGGCUGACAUCUGCUCGUUCCCUAGUCCUUUCGCGGAACCAACUGUCCUCCCUUCAUCGAACCAUUUGAUUCUCGACAUUCUUGUCUUUUUUAACAACCUGGGCUGCGCCUCUCUGUCCAACCACUUACACAAGAACACCUCUAGGCGCUUCCUAGUCGGACGCCCACUAUCUUCUUCGCCGCAAUCCUAAGAAUCAUCCUGCACCUAUAAACCAUCAACGAGGAGUCGAUAGCCUUCAACAAUAACGCGCCCAUCAUGCAGUCAUCUCGCUUUCAGUCCAUCGCCUCCCGCUUCUCGCCAAGCACACUACGCACCACCUUCCGCCGCUCGUCAUCUGCCUCCUCUCGUACAAGCAGCGACAGGGGCUCAUACGCCACCACAUCAUCGUCUCCCGUUGGCACCAUCAACAGUAUCGUCUUCCGCCAGCCCUCGAUGCUUGACCUCGAAGAAGAACGCAAGAGCUUCGGCAGCGAGCUCGACAUCCUCGAGCCGCGCCCCAUUGUCUACUUUGGCAGCGUUGAAGAGCGCAUUGGGUCACUAUGAGCGCCAGAACCCACUAGUAUGUGUUACGAAUGGAGGAUAUGACGAGGUACGACACGUUAUCCGUCAUGUUUGAAGGUCUUUGAGCUCUUGGGGGGUUUCUUUCCUCUUUUGUUUGGGUUGGUUUGGUUAGGAUUAGACUGGGAGUUUGACGGGAAUGGUCGUCAACAACAACACGAGCGGCGUAUCUUGGAGUUGGGGUCUGGAAUUCAAAACGGCUCGAUUGAACCCGGAAUGCUGGGUCAGCACCUAGAAUAGGCUCCCCUGAGUGAGAAAAUUGUACAUGGCUGUCAGAGGAACGCUAUCCAUGUAUCCUGGCUGUUGUAGGAACUCGCCAAGUUAUAUACGACUGGCAUACAACUCGAUUGCAAUAGUGCAC